AUGGCGUUCUCUGAAGAUCUACUCUGGUUACUCUUGACUUCAUGUUUUUUCACAUCCAACGCAGAGACAGGAUUUGAAGAAAGUAAAAUAAAUUCGCUUUCGGAAGAAUUGAUUUCCUUAAGGAAGACUGUUUUAGCCCUAAAGAACAUCGUUCAUCGCCAAACUGACCUCAUUGGUGACCUCAAAGAACGAAGUAUUCUGCAAGAAAAACGCAUAACAGAACUAGAAGCUGUCCAACACAAGCGAGACAAAGUCUGCGAGGAGAUGAAAAUCCGACUGGAGAAAACAGAAAAUAGAUUAAACAGACACUUUUCUUCUUCUUCGAACACCAAGAACACCACAAUUAAAUUAAUUGGGAAAGAAAACCAUAAAGGGAGAAUAGUGAGAUCAAGGAAUCUGCAGAAGAAUACAAGGAACAGUGGAAAGCCUCCGUAUGAAAAAGGCGUCAUCGCUUUUUAUGCCCAGAUGUCCUAUAUAGGUGUUCGUCCUGGCGUUCGCCAUACCCUCAUCUUUGAUAAAGUACGCACUAAUGUUGGCAACGGAUAUAAUGGUUUCACUGGGGUCUUUACAGCACCAAAAGAGGGAAUUUACGCAUUUAUCUGGGUUGUUAGACUGGUUACAGCCGCGCGCUCAACUGAAUUAAUGGUUAACAACGAGAUUUUAGGGGCUACAUUUUUGCGCGCCAAAAAUGGUGACGACGGAUCAGUGAGCGGUACUGCUAUUGUGCAUGUCGCGAAAGGAGAUGUUGUAUUCGUGCGCAUCCAUUCUAAGUACGCUGGUGAUGGCAACAUCCAUAGUAAUCUGCAUGGCAAGCCAACAUUUUCCGGGUGGUUACUGCACUAGAUUGUUGUCACGAUAAUUUGCUUGUUGUGACUAAACUUUUAAUAAACUUCAAUAUUCUUAAUUUUUAUUAACAUUCAAUUCAGAAUAUAUAUUUCAGGGUUGGCGGAAGAGGUUGAAGAAUUGGUCUUUGUUUUUGUCUAUCUGAAGGAC